AUGCCUUCUCUCUUCAAGACCCUCUUCGCGGUCGCCGCCGCUCUCCCCUCCGUCCUCGGUGCUCUUCCCACCCGCGCCGAGGGCUUCGCUUCCUCCACCACAGGAGGAGGCAGCGCUGGAGCUGUCUACCCCAAGACCGCCGCUGAGCUCGUCUCCUACCUCGGCGACUCCUCCGCCCGCGUCAUCUACCUCGACCGCACCAUCAACUUCAUCGGCACAGAGGGUACCGCCAGCGAGACUGGUUGUGCCCCCUGGGGAACUGGAUCCAAGUGCCAGACUGCCAUCAACCAGAACAACUGGUGCGGCAACUACCAGCCCAACGCCCCCAAGGUCAACGUCAAGUACGACAAGGCCGGUAUUCUGGGUAUCAAGGUUGGUUCCAACAAGUCCCUGAUCGGCGUUGGCUCCAAGGGCGUCAUCCGUGGUAAGGGUCUCCGAAUCGUUGGUUCCAAGAACGUCAUCAUCCAGAACAUUCACAUCACUGAGCUUAACCCUCAAUACGUCUGGGGUGGUGAUGCUAUUACCCUCGACAGCACUGACAACGUCUGGAUCGACCAUGUUACCACUUCUCUCAUCGGUCGUCAGCACAUUGUCCUCGGAAACAACGCCUGCAACCGUGUCACCAUCUCCAACAGCAAGAUCGACGGUACCACCAACUGGUCUGCCAGCUGCAACAACUACCACUACUGGGGUCUCUACUUUGCCGGCUCCAACGAUCUCGUCACCUUCAAGAACAACUACGUCUACCGCGUUUCCGGCCGUGGCCCCAAGGUCUCCGGCAACACUCUCCUCCACGCCGUCAACAACUACUUCCACGAUGUCCCUGACCACGCUUUCGAGAUCGACUCUGGCUCCGUCCUCGCUGAGGGUAACAUCUUCCAGAACGUCAAGUACCCCGUCAACUCCAAGGGUUACCAGGGCCAGCUCUUCGGUGUUCCCACCUCUGGCUCUCCUUGUGCUGCUUCUCUCGGCCGCAACUGUCAGCUCAACGGCUUCGGCAGCUCUGGUACUCUCGGCGGCACCAACACUGGCUUCCUCAGCAACUUCAAGGGCAAGACCAUUGCUAGUGCUUCUGACUACAACAGCGCCAAGAACGUCAUGACCUCCGCUGGCUUCGGCAUGGCCUAA